GGCGAGACGGAUAAGGUUUCAAUCUAUCAUAGCCGUGCGAUCUCUCUACCGUUACAAUCGCUCCCAUGGCGGAAACCCUAAUCCCAACCUGCACUCGAGGAAUCCCAUCAAAUUUCCAGAAUUCGAGGUCGAGCACCGCUCCUAGACGCCGGUUUCCAGCUCCGGUUACUUCUAUUUACGGCCAUUCCUACCCAAAGACUGCUUUUGGCUUCCCCACUCGAUCCUUUGGAGUCCAAAGACGGGUGCUUCGAGCGGAGGCAGCGUCUUCUUCUUCCGCUGUGGGGGAGGAGACAAAGGGACAUGAGGAAUCGAUGGGCAUUGAUGCCUUGCAUCGCUUCAUUGACCUCAACUUGGGGAAAUGGAACGGUUCCUUCUAUCAAUUCGAUGCUCAAGGGAACUUGCUGCAGACUGUAAGCACGAAGCUUUCGGCCAGCUCCUAUGGGGAGGAUGAACUGAUCAGUCUCAUUCAAACGCUAUACGUAAAGCAGCCUCCUUCCUGCACAUCAAUUGCAGGCUAUGAUUCUGAACCAGAGUGGACGGAGUACAAAAUCAAAGAGACUAACAUGUUUACGGUAGACAAGUAUCAGCAGAUUGGAUUCUUCCCUCGAGAGAAGGCAUUUUCUCUCAGGUACCAGACUGCUGGAAUGCUGGAAACUGUCCUUAGAGCAGGUGUGCUUGGAGAAGAUGACACUGGGGAAGAAACUCCCAGAAACUUGAAGAUUCCUUCUCAUCAGCCCUCUGUAGUAUGUGAGAACUGUCUUUACUCUCUGAAAAAAGAUAUGAGAGCAAGAGCCUUCCAUAUAAUGGAUCCAAAGGGGGUUCUUGAAAUGCUUCUUAUUUUUCUCGAAGAACGAGGAAAUGAGGAACGAGGAAAUGAGGCGCCCAACAUUAUGUCAUGUUGCAGUUUCAAGGAUAUCUCAGAUAAAUUAAGUCCCUUGCUUGGGCGAUGGGAAGGUCAUUCUAUAACCAAACGCAGUGGUGUAUAUGGAGCAACAGUUGCCAAGGUUGAUACAGUUGCUUUGCUUGAGAUGGAUGAUGAGGGUCAAUUAAUUCAGGACAUAACUUCAACUACAACUGGGAGUAGCACCACCACCAACGUCCAUUGGACAGGAACGGUAAGCAACAACUUGGUUAGCUUUGAUGGAGGCUUCCAGCUGACCUUACUACCUGGAGGGAUGUACAUGGGAUGCCCUCGUGACAUUGGCAGGAGUGUAGCUCAAUCACAGUCCUUCCAUCUGGAGUUCUGUUGGAUGGAGUCACCAGAGAAGAGGCAAAGGCUUGUGCGCACUUAUGAUAUGGAGGGCCUAGCAGUGUCAUCGGCUUACUUUUAUGAGAUCAAAGUAUAGGCUUCCUACCGUCACCAUGCCUCAUUCCUCGACAUUUUAAGAUCUAUCAGAUGGCUCCAUGCAAGUGGAAGCAUACCAUCCUCGAUCAUUUCCAUUUUAUCAUGCAACGAUCUCCAUGCAAUCUAUUGCACCUCUCUUGCUCUUCACAAUGGGAGUGUCAAAUUAUCGUGCUCUUACAAAAAUCUGACUGGAGAUUGCUUUCAUGCUCCUUCAGUCAUUUUUAUUGUGUUCCAAAGCUACAAAAUUUCUUAUUUUCCCCUUUUUUCGGGUAGGGGAGAGUUAUAUCUGUGUAGGCUUCUAGCAGAUUGUAAUGGGAAAGCAUGUACAACUUUUAAUUGUUCAUUCUGCAAAUUUUCUUUGCAGUGCAGAGCUUUAUAAAGAUAAAAAAGCUCCGAUGCUACCUAAC